AUUGAUAAUUCAAGUAGAGAUUUGUUUUCUCAAGAAUGGGGAAAAAUGAUUUUCUUACUCCAAAGGCAAUUGCAAAUAGGAUCAAGGCAAAGGGUCUGCAAAAGCUUCGAUGGUAUUGCCAGAUGUGCCAGAAGCAGUGCCGUGAUGAGAACGGCUUCAAGUGCCAUUGCAUGAGCGAGUCUCAUCAGCGUCAGAUGCAGGUCUUUGGGCAGAAUCCAACUCGAAUCAUUGAUGGAUACUCUGAGGAGUUUGAGGGAGCUUUCCUUGAUCACAUGCGAUGCAGCCACCGUUUCUCUCGUGUUGCUGCCACUGUUGUCUACAAUGAGUACAUAAAUGAUCGCCACCAUGUCCACAUGAACUCAACUCAGUGGGCAACCUUGACAGAGUUUGUUAAGUACCUUGGCCGCACUGGAAAGUGCAAGGUGGAGGAGACUCCUAAAGGAUGGUUCAUCACUUACAUUGACAGAGACUCAGAGACUAUUUUCAAAGAGAAAUUAAAAAACAAGCGCAUAAAGAGUGACUUGGCGGAGGAGGAGAAACAUGAGAGGGAAAUUCAAAAACAGAUUGAGAAAGCUGCUGAGCAGUUAGCACCUGUGAUUGAUGGUAAUUUAGAGCGUGAUGAGAAGUUGGAGGGUAAGGAGUUGAAAUUGGAGAGUGGGGUUAAAGUUGGGUUCUCACUUGGGUCAGCAGGUAAGCAGAUUACAGGAAGAGAGAAGGGUGAGAGCUCAAAAUGGAUUUUUGAGGCAGAGCAGGAGAAUGAGAGGAAAGUGAGAACGGAGAAGAGAAAGGCUAGUGAGAAUUUUGGAAAGAGUGAGAAGGAGAAGAAAUCAGUGUCUGCACUGGAAGAGUUGAUGAAGGAGGAAGAGAAGGCUAAGGAGAGGAGUAACAGGAAGGACUAUUGGUUGUUUGAAGGGAUAAUUGUGAAGGUGAUGAGUAAGGCUUUGGCUGAGAAAGGCUAUUACAAGCAGAAGGGAGUUGUUAGGAAAGUGAUUGAUAAGUAUGUUGGAGAGAUUGAAAUGCUUGACAGUAAGCAUAUUCUGAGAGUUGAUCAGGAGGAGCUUGAGACAGUGAUUCCACAAAUUGGGGGUCUUGUGAAGAUAGUAAACGGGGCCUAUCGUGGGUCAACCGCAAAAUUGUUGAGUGUGGAUACUGAUAAAUUUUGUGCGAAAGUGCAGAUUGAGAAGGGUAUCUAUGACGGGAGACUGCUUAAGGGUGUCGAAUAUGAGGACAUAUGCAAAAUUCCUCAGUGAGCUUUAUGGAGAAUUUUUGCUGGUAGAGGUAAGAGUACUGGCAUAUUUUUAGGUUGGUGGUGCACAAACUUUGCAGAUGUGUAAUUUUAUAUAAAAUUAAUGUUUGGAGAAUUCUUAACCAAAUUCUUGCGCCUUUCCUUAUCCUCCCGUGUUGAUUGAUGUCCUUUGCAAUGUGCCGGUGCUUACCAGCUGAAAAGGAUUCAGAGGAAGAUUGGAUUUUUUUUCCAUCAGAAAUUUGUUAAACAACAUUUUAUCGCCUAAAUUACACGUGUUCAGUAUGUUCAGUCAAACAAAGUUAUAUCAUCCUUAUUUUGUUUUAUAUUUGGUUAAUGUUGUUGCCCUUUGUGAGAAGCUAGUGCUUGCGGGCUGAAAGGAUUCAGAGGAACAUUGAAUUAUUUCUGCACCAAAAAUUUGUUAAACAGAGCUUUUAUCACAUGAAUUCGCCUGUAUCUUCAUAUCCAGUCAAAUGAAGUUUUAUUCAUCCAA